GGUAACAGCGCCUGUUGUCAUUUAGCACCAUUGAAGAUGGCGACUGGAGUCCUUCACAGAGUCAGCGGUGGUCUGGGUCGGGCUAAAAGCAGGGCCCAGUCGGCCGGACAGCUCGUCUUAUGGAGCAGGGGGUUUGCCACAUCGAGCAGCAACAACAGACAGGACAGCUGGUUUAAGUCACUGUUUGUGAGGAAAGUUGAUCCCAGGAAAGAUGCACACUCCACUCUACUGACCAAAAAUGAGGAAAGCAAUCUGUACAAAAUUCAGUUCCAUAAUGUCAAGCCAGAGUGCCUGGAUGCUUACAACAAACUCAAUGAAGAUCUUUUGCCCUCCAUCCAUGCUGAUAAGUACUACCCCUGUGAGCUCGUGGGCACCUGGAAUACCUGGUAUGGAGAACAAGACCAGGCUGUUCAUCUUUGGCGCUACCGAGGUGGAUACCCAGCUCUCACAGAAGUGAUGAACAAGCUCAAGCAGAACCAGGAAUUCACAGAGUACAGGAAGGAGCGCAGUAAGAUGCUGAUGUCUCGCAGGAAUCAGCUCCUGCUGGAGUUCAGCUUCUGGAACGAGCCCGUACCUCGAGAGGGUCCCAACAUCUACGAACUCAGGUCCUACCAGCUCAGGCCAGGGACCAUGAUCGAGUGGGGUAAUUACUGGGCUCGGGCCAUCGGGUACCGGCAGCACAACAGAGAAGCAGUGGGAGGGUUUUUCUCGCAGAUCGGCAACCUCUAUAUGGUUCAUCACCUCUGGGCUUACAAAGACCUUCAGUCUAGAGAAGACACAAGGAACGGAGCCUGGCAGCAGGAAGGCUGGGACGAGGUGGUGUAUUACACAGUUCCCCUCAUUCAGCACAUGGACUCCAGGAUCAUGAUCCCCACAAAAGCUUCUCCACUGCAGUAAAAGGAAGAAGUCCGCAGGCAUCAUAAUGGAUACGUACAUCAAGAGCCUCACUAUCAUGGUUUCAGCCUCCUUUCAGUGCUGACAACAAACAUCAGUUCUCUGUUCUUGUUUUAUGACUUCAAGAUGCCACUCAGACAAGAGGCUUCUAUUUCUACCAUAAAGAUAUAUAUAUAAGGUUAAAAAAAAAAACUCCACGCGACUAAAGACACAGCUUCUUUUAUUAUCCUGGUUCUGGAGCAGGAUGAGUUAAUUUGGCAAAAUGAAACCUCCUGAUGGUCGUUACUGCUGACGUCUCGUGCCACAUUAAAAUUUGGCCUUCCAAAGCUCUCACAUAAGUUCAUAAUCAACCAAAGUUACUUGAAAAGACGAGCAGCUGAGUGGCGUGAGGAAAGAAUUACUGAGGUUCACUGCACAGUGCAUGAGCUAUUUAUUUAUUUAAUGUCAAUUUGGAGAAAAAAAAAGUUAAAUGUGUACUGAGUUUCGCAACUAAAAGAAAAGCCAUGUUAUUUCUGAGUGAUGAGAGAAAGCCUCUAUAUAUAAUAAAACUAUUAUUAAGUCUGAAAUGGUGUGGAAUGUAAAUCUCAAAAUUUCAGAUUUGAUUCUAAUAGAUCUUUCCUUUUUUUGUUGCAAACUACACCUUUCAGUUGUGGGGUUUUUUUUUUCUGGCUCUUCCUCUGUGUCCUGUUCGAUAAUGUUGAUGUUUCAUGGUGCUGUGUUCAUGUCUGUGGCUUCUACUUUUAGUCUUGUGAAGACGACAUGCCUGAUUUUAAAGACGGUUUUUAUUCAACAUGUUUUAAAAGGAGUAUGACCAUUGCAUCAGAAGCUCUGGAAAUGUUGUCUACGAGUGGCUGAGUGAAUCUAGCACCAACUUGUGCUGCUGUGUAUUGAAUAAUCAGAGUUGUCAAAAGGAAGCAUGUAUAUCGUUUUUCCCCCUCAGUUCAUGGAGUACAGUAAGGGAAGGACAAGAAAGUUACAAACAAUUAAAAGAGUUCAAACAGCAA